CCCAACAAAUAGCUAUUCGAAAUUAGAUCAUUAGCACAGCUGUGCUAAUUUCUCAAGCACUUCGACGUGAUGCUCUUUUCCCGCUUCCUCUGACAGUGUUCAAAAUAAUUCCCCCUCCUCUUUCCCAACUCCAAAGCACGCAGCAACAUAUACAAGUUCAAUCCUUCGGUAAACCUCCCCCCCCCCCAAUUGGGUUCCCGCAGGCCGAAGCGGCCAAGAGCUUCGGUUGGCUUCCUUCCUGACUACUCCUCGACCCAAAACGUUGCAAUGGAUAAAGAACUCGGAAACGGAAACUGCACUUCCCUUGCCCCCUUGCGAGGGCUGCGGUGCGAAGAGACGGUGGGACUGGACUGGACUGGACGGGGCGGGGGCUGCUCGGAUGAGCAGCGGGCCGGGCGGCGGGCGGGAGCGGAGUCGGCGGAAUGGGCCUCUCUGCUGCUGGGGCGGAGCCCGAAGAAGACGAAAGUGCCCACUAAGGAGGGGCGGGGCGAGCGGAGCCCGCAGGGCUUCCGACGUGGGCCGGGAGAGGGUGAGCCAAAGUCUCAGCAGGUGAAGCGGCGUCGCAGGGGCCAUGUGCUCGAGCUGGCAGCCGCUCCGAGCCUUUCCCGGGGAAAGUUCACCGCGCCGCUGGCUGGGGCGCCGGCGGCAGUGAGAGAGCCGGGCAGGCGCGCCCUUGCAGGAAGGAGCCUUGUGCGGUGGAAGCCGAGCGAGUCGCCGGGCUGGCCGGCCGGUCCUUUCGCUUUCCGAAGUGACUUUUUCAGCUCCGCCGCUGCUCUCUUCUCCGAGGAGCUGCCCUGACUUCGUGGCUCUCGCCAACGAGCCGGCGCCUGCCUCUAGCCUCCUUCCCCGGCGCCCUCUUGAGUCCCCUUCGUCUGCAGAGGACCAACCGGACCCGCUCCCCUGCCUUUCUCUCGCCCGUCCGGCUUCUGGUCGGAGAUUGGCAGCCCAGUCUCGGGCAGUGCCAUGGCCUUUGCCAAUUUCCGACGCAUUUUGCGCCUUUCCACCUUUGAGAAGCGGAAAUCCAGGGAAUACGAGCACGUUCGCCGGGACCUGGAUCCCAAUGAAGUGUGGGAGAUCGUCGGGGAACUGGGCGAUGGCGCCUUCGGCAAAGUAUAUAAGGCCAAAAACAGGGAGACAGGUGCCUUAGCUGCUGCCAAAGUCAUUGAGACCAAGAGUGAAGAAGAACUGGAGGACUACAUGGUGGAGAUUGACAUCUUGGCAACUUGCAACCAUCCUUACAUCGUGAAGCUGCUAGGAGCCUUUUAUUAUGACAGCAAAUUGUGGAUCAUGAUUGAGUUUUGCCCUGGUGGAGCAGUGGAUGCUAUUAUGCUAGAGCUGGAUCGAGGUUUGACUGAACCCCAGAUCCAAGUGAUCUGCCGCCAGAUGCUUGAGGGCUUGAACUAUCUCCACAGCAAGAAGAUUAUCCAUCGAGAUUUAAAGGCAGGCAAUGUACUACUGACCCAGGAUGGAGAUAUCAAGCUUGCGGACUUUGGAGUAUCUGCCAAAAACAUGAAGACUUUGCAAAGACGGGAUUCUUUCAUUGGUACACCAUACUGGAUGGCUCCUGAGGUGGUAAUGUGUGAGACUAUGAAAGACACCCCGUAUGACUACAAGGCUGACAUCUGGUCCUUAGGCAUAACACUGAUAGAAAUGGCCCAAAUAGAACCUCCUCAUCAUGAACUCAAUCCCAUGAGGGUCCUCCUGAAAAUAGCCAAGUCCGACCCUCCCAUGCUUAACUAUCCCUCAAAGUGGUCUUCUGAAUUCAAAGACUUCCUGAAGACAGCCCUUGAUAAGAACCCUGAGACCCGGCCAAGUGCAGCACAAUUGCUAGAGCAUCCCUUUGUCAGUAACGUCACUAGUAACAGAGCCCUACGCGAACUUGUUGCAGAGGCGAAGGCCGAAGUCAUGGAGGAAAUAGAAGACAAUAGAGAGGAAGGAGAAGAGGAUGACUCAUCAGAAUCUACAUCUCCUCAUGGCAACAAGAGGGGCUCUUCUGUUACAAGCCAACUAAGUUUGGAAGGAGAGAAGUCUCCAGAAAAAAACUCGUCAUCACUUGUAGCUAAUGGACCCAAGUUACCUUUGGAGCAAAUCAAGGAAGCCAUUAAUGGGAAGGGCAACAAAAUUUCAGUUGAAGGGGUUGGUAAUGAGAAAUCAGAGAAAAACAUUAACAGUUCAGACUUGUCUGGGGUAGAGGAUCUGCCCGACAGCGAAGAAAUGUCAGGCACCAGUUCUCAAUUGCCUCUCCUUGAAGAAAAGGUAACACCAGCAGAUAACAGGGGCCUGGACCACCUAAAUAAAGACUGUGAGCCAGCAAGCAAAGGAGAUGCAAAUGGUGGAAGCCAGCCAGAGAUCAGCCUCCUUGAAAUGCCUACUGAAGAAAAGCUUGCCAAUGGGAGUUUGAAUUUGUCUUCUCAGUUUGAGAAUGGGAGCUCAAAGAGGGACUCUGAUUCUGGUAGCACCUCCGCUUCAGAUAGCAUGGAUCUCAGCAUCUCCUUGUCUGCCGAUUUGUCUCUGAACAGAGGCAGUGGGUCACUUUCCCUAAAGGACUCAAAAACACACAAGAUGACACUGAAACGGACCAGGAGAUUUGUGGUGGAUGGAGUAGAAGUGAGUGUCACCACAUCAAAAAUCAUCAGUGAAGAUGAGAAGAAAGAUGAGGAGAUGAGAUUCCUCAGGCGCCAGGAGCUGCGUGAACUGCGGCUGCUUCAGAAAGAGGAACAUCGGAACCAGACACAGCUGAACAGCAAGCACCAGAUGCAGUUAGAGCAGAUGCUGAAGCGUUUUGAACAGGAAAUGAAUACAAAGAAGAAAUUCUACGACACUGAACUUGAAAAUCUAGAACGUCAGCAGAAGCAGCAAAUUGAAAAAAUGGAGCAAGAUCACUCUCUGCGCCGACGUGAAGAAGCAAAACGUAUUCGGGCUGAGCAGGAGCGAGAAUAUGCUAGAUUUCAAGAGCAGCUGAAGCAAAAAAAGAAAGAGGUCAAGAGUGACAUGGAGAAACUCCCACGGCAGCAGCGCAAGGGGACCAUGAAGGUGAAGAUGGAGGAGUUUGCACAAAAGAAGCAAGCCCUGGAACAAGAGUUUUUGGCCAAACAAUCUGAGGACCUGGAACAAGCCAUGAAUAAUAUCACAGCCCAGAAUCGAAAGGAGAUCUGCGACAAGGAGCGUGAAUGCCUCAACAAGAAACAGCAGCUCAUGAGAGAUCGGGAAGCCACAGUCUGGGAUCUAGAAGAGCACCAUCUACAGGAGAAACACCAGCUAAUUAAACAACAGCUGAAAGAUCAGUAUUUCCUCCAAAGACACGAACUGCUACGAAAACAUGAGAAGGAACGUGAGCAAAUGCAACGGUAUAACCAGCGAAUGAUGGAGCAGUUGAAGGUUCGGCAGCAGCAAGAGAGAGCCCGCCUCCCCAAAAUCCAGAGGAGUGAAGGGAAGACCCGCAUGGCCAUGUACAAGAAGAGUCUCCAUAUCAACUCUAAUGGAAGUGCCUCAGAACAGAGAGAAAAAAUAAAACAGUUUGCUCAGCAGGAGGAAAAGAGGCAGAAAGCAGAGCGACUGCAGCAGCAACAGAAACAUGAGAUGCAGAUGAAGGAUAUGAGUGCCCAGUGUGAGAGCAACAUGAGUGAACUCCAACAGUUGCAGAAUGAAAAGUGUCACCUUUUGAUUGAACAUGAGACCCAGAAACUGAAGGCAUUGGAUGAAAACCACAACCUGAACCUGAAGGACUGGCGAGAUAAACUGAGGCCACGCAAGAAGGCAUUGGAAGAGGAACUGAAUCAGAAGAAGCGUGAGCAGGAGAUGUUCUUUAGGCUCGGUGAGGAGGCCAAUGGUCAGACUCCAGCCUCGCCAAACAAACCAGCCAAAUUUGUCCCGUUCAGCUCUGCAGAAGCUUCAUAACCCUUGAAUUAGUGGGCAAAUUUUGCCAUCAGUGGUGCUGUUACAACUGGGGAAAAGUCAGCAAAGGACACCAGGGCUCCCUUUCCUUCUGCUCCAACUGAUUUUCAGAUCAGUUCAGCCCUUUAUGCCCCUCUUGUCUGGCUCCACUGGAGAUGGCAGAUCCGAGUUGAAGUGACAGUGGCUGGUGCUGACCAAUUGCACUAGGAGAGCGGCAAAUGAGCAUCACGCGGGAAAGCUCAGAAGGCCAUGUGCAGAAUUCAUGAUGCUUGCUGACACCAUUGCUUGGCAGUAAACUUGUUGCCUGGAGUUCUCUUACUAUCUACCGCAGCAGUAAAUGCUAGAAACUGGAGAUAUGUUCAGUGACUUCUAAAGGCUAUUACAGUAGUUGUUAAACGUGUGUGUUGCUUUUCCUAACCAGCUCUCUUGUUAGCUAUGCUAAGGCCCAGUGUGACAGGUCACUGGUUUCACUGACCAACAUGAGCUUUGUCUAUUGGUGGGACUUGGCUACCUCAGGGCACAAGGGACUCCAAUGACAGCCUUACUAAAGACAACAAGGAAUUCCCUGCCUUUUUACUGUGGCCUAUAUCUCUCGCUCAGCAAAGGACUCUUUCUUUUCCAUUUAGGUCUCUCCUCUCAUCUGUUUGUUUGAAGUGACUCAGCGCGCCUCUUGGUGACCUUGUGACACAAUUUCUAUCCUAUCUUAAAUGUGGGAUAGUAGUGCCAGAACCAGAAAUAAUGGAAGUGAAAUGUUUCAGUUAAAACCAAUCCAAGAUCCAGGACCUUUUCCCAACAAAUAAGACAAUGAGAGAUUUAAUAGUCCUAUGCAGAGGGAAUUUCCACAGGUGCGAACAUGCAUGCACACAGGGACUAUGGAAAUUGUUGUCUGAUUUGACAAUAUACAUAUCAGCACACCUGUCACAAACGAAUAAUUUUAAAAGAGUAAGCCUGGCAAAGAUCCAUACGAUUUAGAGCCUAAAAUGAUGAAAUGUGCAAGUCAGCUAAUGAAUAACUUCCUGUCACUGUUUGUUGUACUGAAUAACCAAGGCCAGUUUAUUUCGCUGAGGAUUUGAUAUUAGAAACUAGAAUGGGACUGCAAAUCCUCUCUGCUUCAUUUCCCAUACAAUGUUCCAUUUAAAAUAAAGUGAUCUUCCUCUGCUCUUCAGAAUAUGCUCUGUUAUAUUGAUUGCCUCCUUUGCAGUUUUCAGUAUAAUGUGCUCUUUUUGUGGUGAUUAAUAGGGAGUUAUCUGUGAUAUUAUUAGUCUAGAGGAAAAUCUGUGCUUUGUUAUGGCAAGAGCUGCUGUUUGCUCUUCUGAUAA